AUGGUCAGAACAGAGAAUAGCUCUCCAAACUGUGCAAAUAUUUGUUGUAACACAGCAGCAGAGUGGAAUAAAAUUAAAAGCAAAAGUGCAUUAGAAAUAAAUAACAAAAUCAAGAAAUAUCUGACUACUCUAAUUGAUCGUUAUAACAUACCAACAGUAAAAGCAAGCCGUCCUAGAUCUGUAAUAGAAGUAGAACCUGUUUCUCCACUUCCUGCUGUUAUUCCAAUUGAGAAUACAUUAGAAAUCCCUAUUAAUGCAACAGCUCAAAAAAAAAUAGCUAAAGAAAUUGAAUUAAUUGAAAAAAGAAUCACAGAAUUGAGGCAAAUCUGUGAAAUUACAAAAAAGAAGCUCAAAAUGCUUACUGAAAAUCAGGAGAUAGUUCGGUAUGAUAAGGUUGGCCAUCCAUCACUGCUUUUUCAACACCCAGACCUACAUGACCAAAUACAUACUUCUGUUGAAUCUGGAUCAGCUGAUCCAAAAAGGAGAAAAGAGAUGAUUAAAGUAAGAAUUAUUGAAAAUUUACGUAAGAAUUUAGAGGAGAGAUAUAAUAUUUAUAUGGCACAAACAAUAUUAAAUAAUUAUCUUUUACCUUGUCAGGCUAAUUCAAUUGCUGCAAAAGCACAUAGACAUCCAGCAUGGGUUGCCGUAGCUGGGGUUUCAUGUACAGAUACUCAAGAACAUCCUGACGGACAUUAUUGUCUUGCAUCUGUUAAGUAUGCAAAACAAUUUGCUUCUAUGUUUUCUGAUAU